UCGACAGAGAAACCCUAAGAAGCCGCGGCAAGAGGGUGUGUGAGAGAGAGAGAUAGAGAGAGCUAGAGACGAUGAAGUUCAACCCAAGAGUAUCGAGCAGCCGCCGCAAGAGCCGGAAGGCUCACUUCACUGCGCCGUCUAGCGUGCGGCGGGUGCUGAUGAGCGCUCCUCUCUCAGCGGAGCUCCGGUCCAAGUACAACGUGCGCUCGAUUCCGGUGAGGAAAGAGGAUGAAGUGCAGGUGGUUCGUGGAACGUACAAGGGACGCGAGGGGAAGGUGACUCAGGUGUACCGUCGCAAGUGGGUCAUCCACAUCGAGCGCAUCACUCGCGAGAAGGUUAAUGGUUCAACUGUCAACGUAGGAAUCCACCCUUCCAAGGUUGUGGUGACGAAGCUGAAACUGGACAAAGAUCGCAAGGCCAUUCUCGAUCGCAAGGCGAAGGGUCGCGCCGCCGCUGAUAAGGAGAAGGGCACCAAGUUCGCUCCCGAAGACAUCAUGCAAACCGUUGAUUAAUCUCUUUAUCAUAUAAACCAGUGUUUUGUAGCGUUUCUCUAUCUUAAAUAUUCAUUAUCCUUUUUGAAAGUUUUUGUUUUAUGUUAAUCAAACCAUAUUUUAUCCUUUUA